AACUCCCACCCACCGUAUUUCACUUUUCAGUUUUCUCUCUCACACACAUUAAAACACUUCUCUUACUUUCUCUCUCUUCGUCGUCGAUAUCACGCGCCGCCGCACAUGGCCGAAUCUCACAGCAGAACCCGCCCCUCCCGCCGGAAGCCCAGCCGCCUUCAGAGCCGCGCCCCGUCGUCACUUCAGAUAAACCGCGCCCUCGAGUGGAACGUUGCGAUCCCGCUGCUGUCCCCGCUGGCCUCGUCGCCGCCGCCGCUCCCUCUGCCGCCGCAGAAGGAGGAUCCGCCGCAACAACAACGGCCGACGGAAAAAGUGGUCUUCAAAAAGUGGCAGCACCCCGCGGCGCCGUUCUGCUACGAACCACCUUCGCUGGUUCCUCCCUUCGUUAACGUGUAAAUAAAUAAAAAUGAAGAAAAAUUAUGAAUAUUUCUUCUAACAUCUUUUCAUUUUCACUUUUUUUGUACACAUAUAUACCCUCAUCGUAAGUAAUAAGAGUAAGAACCAGUAAUUUUUUUCUUUUUCUUUA